AUGGAAACCAAGCAUAUUGACGGCAUCAUAUGGUCUACUCGUGGCAUUCGAGAUCUAUUCCCUGAUAUGAUUACCACUCGAUCUAACACAACCUACGAUAUCAACAGUUUCUUCACAAACCCUGCUGGCAACUCCAACAUCGCCUUCACUGACUGGGCACCUCAAGUCGCCAUUCUUCAUCAUCCUUCUACUUGCCUGUUCAUCACACACGGUGGUGUAGGCUCCUUAUACGAGUCAAUGCAUGCUGCUGUACCUGUAGCUGUAUUCCCCUUCUUCUCUGAUCAACCCGCUAAUGCUAUAAAUGCUGAAGAGCGUGGCAUUGGCCGUUGGUUUAAGCGAACACUGAGGCAAGAUCAGGCAACUGAAUUGGUGAAGGAUAUCGUUGAUGAUCCCACAGGCAAGUACAAACAAAACGUUGGCAGGUUCAAGGCACUGGUUCAGAUUAGAAAUGCGCGCGGUAAGCAGCGAGGAGCUGAUCUGGUAGAAGAGGUCAUGUUUACCCAUGUGGAUGGAAAGAUUGAACAGAGAAGGGAUGUUCGUCGAGAUCUUUCAUUCUUCAAGGCAAACAACUUGGAUCUGUACUCAUUUGUGUUGGUUUCCUUGGUUACAUUUGCUUAUGGUCUCUAUCGUCUUGCCUUUGUCCUUUAUUCUCUGGCUUUCAAUACGGUAUCUGUUCCAAAGAUGAAGUUGGAUAAAAAGCUGAAAGCAAAUUGA